AAGUAUUUAGUGUGGAGGAGAGAAACGUGAAGAGGUUUUCCAGAUAAUCGCGUGUUACUCCAGUGUGAUGGAGGGUACGAGACCAGAUUCACCUGAACCCAGCUGUGUCUCCAUGAAGAGCGACCGGUCAAUGGAGCUUCCAAUUCACUUUAAAGAUGGAGGAUGUUCUACUGAUCUGAGAACACAAAAGAAGAAAUUAAAUGUUACUGAUCAGUUGGAAUCCAUAUUUAAGGAACUGGAGCUCAAAGUCAUCAGCAUGUUAAAGAAUGAGCUAAACAAGUUCAAAAAGCUACUGAAUGAAGAUUACCCAGCAUGCUCUGAGCAGGAGGUAAAGGAUGUGGAAGACCUGAGUAGUUUCAGAGAGGGGGCGCUAAAGAUCACACUAAAUGUUCUGAAUAUCAUGAACCAGACAGACCUCGCUAACACCCUGCAGAGGAAACUAUUAGUCUCUGUAUAUCAGAAAAAACUCAAAUCCAAUCUGAGAGAGAAAUGUAAAAGAAUCAGUGAAGGAAUCUCCCAGCAUGGAAGCUCAGCACUUCUGAAUGAGAUCUUCACAGAGCUCUACAUCACAGAGGGUUGGAGUGAAGGCGUCAGUAAUGAACAUGAGAUCAGACAGAUUGAAGCUACAUCCAGGAGACCAGCAGUACAGGUGAUUCCCAUCAAAUGCACUGACCUCUUUAAAGACACGUCCAUCAGAACUGUGCUGACUAAAGGAAUCGCUGGAAUUGGAAAAACAGUCUCAGUGCAGAAGUUCAUUCUGGACUGGGCUGAAGGGAAAGCCAAUCAGGACGUUGUCUUCAUAUUUCCACUUUCUUUUAGAGAGCUGAACUUGAUGAAGCAGAAAAAUCUCAGUCUGAUGGAACUUCUUCAUCAGUUUUUCCCAGAAGUGAAAGAUCUGCCAUCAUUAGACUGUGAUGCUUAUAAAGUUUUGUUCAUCUUUGAUGGUCUGGAUGAGUGUCGACUUCCUCUAGAUUUUCAAAAUAAUGAGCGAUGGUGUAACAUAACAAAGUCAGUAAACAUGGAUGUGCUGCUGACAAACCUCAUCAAGGGGAACCUGCUUCCCUCUGCUCACCUCUGGAUCACCACUCGACCAGGAGCAUCCAAUCAGAUCCCUCCUGAGUAUGUAACCCAGGUAACAGAGGUACGAGGGUUCAGUGACCCUCAGAAGGAGGAAUACUUCAAGAAGAGGAUCAGUGAUGAGAACCUGGCCAGUAAAAUCAUCACUCACAUGAAGUCAUCAAGAAGCCUCUACAUCAUGUGUCACAUUCCAGUUUUCUGCUGGAUCUCAGCCUCUGUUCUAGAGAGAAUUCUGGGCGGAGCCGAGAGGAAAGAGAUCCCCAAAACUCUGACUCAAAUGUUCACCCACUUUCUGAUCUUUCACAUAAAACACAAGGAACAAAAGUAUCAUGGGAAAUCUGACCCUGAUCCACACCAGACCAGUGAGACGAUACUGGCACUGGGAAAACUGGCCUUCCAACAGAUGGAGAAAGGAAACCUGAUCUUCUAUGAAGAAGACCUGACAGAAUGUGGCAUUGAUGUCAAAAACACAUCAGUGUACUCAGGAGUCUGCACCCAAAUCUUCAAAAAAGAGGCUGGACUGCACCUGGGUCAGGUCUUCAGCUUUGUGCACCUGAGUGUUCAGGAGUUUCUGGCUGCUUUAUAUGUAUUUCUCACCUUCAUCAACAAAAACAGAAAUGUGCUGGUGAUACAAAACACUGGAUUCUUUAACAUCUUUAGAAACUAUACAAACAUGUCUGACUUUCUGAAGAGUGCAGUGGACAAGGCCUUACAGAGUAAGAAUGGACACCUGGAUCUUUUCCUCCGCUUCCUCCUGGGUCUCUCACUGGAGUCCAAUCAGACUCUCUUACGAGGCCUACUGUCACAAACAGGAAGUAGCUCUUACAACAAAGAGGAAACAGUCCAGUACAUCAAGGAGAAGAUCAGUGAGAAUCCCUCUACAGAGAAAUCCAUCAAUCUGUUCCACUGUCUGAAUGAACUGAACGAUGAUUCUCUAGUGCAGGAAGUCCAACAAUACCUAAACAGAGAAGGUUCUCUUCAUCAUGAUGGACACCGUCUCUCUCCUGCUCAGUGGUCGGCUCUGGUGUUUGUGUUGCUGAACUCAGAUCAGAAGCUGGAUGAGUUUGAUUUGAGUAAAUAUUAUCCAUCACAUGAAGGUCUUCUGAAGCUCCUGCCAGUGGUGAAAGAAUCAAGAAGAGCUGAGUUGUGGGAUUGUUCUCUAACAGAGGAAAGUUGUGAAGUUCUGUCCUCAGUUCUCAGUUUAAACUCCUCCAGUCUGAAACAUCUGGACCUGAAUCACAAUAAACUGAAGGAUUCAGGAGUGAAGCUGCUCUCUGCUGGACUGGAGAAUCCACACUGUAAACUGGAGAUACUGGAGUUGUGGAGCUGCAGUAUUACAGAUGAAGGUUUUACUGCUCUGGCUUCAGCUCUGAAAUCAAAUCCAUCAUCACGUCUGAGAGAACUGCAACUGAUCCACAAUAAUCCAGGAGAAUCAGGAGUAAAACUGCUCAAAGAUCUACAGGUGGAUCCACAAUGUAACCUGAAGGAGCUACACAUCUGAUUCUAACACAUAUUGAAUUGUAAGAAGAUGAAGAGCAGUGAAGAUAAACACCAUCUACUCUUCACACUGAGAUUCUACAUGGUGACACUUUGUUCAGCUUCUUUAUGUUCUAAUCUGUAAUCUGUCAUGACAUCACUUCCUGUACAAGAUCAACACUCUCAAACCCACUCUGAAGUGCUGCUGGAUCUUCAUCUCAUUCUUCUAUACAUCAGUACUGAAGUAAUGAGAUUGGAGAGUCCAUCAGGUUUCUGGUAGCAGCUGAAUGAAUCUGAUAGACUGACCACUCAGAACCUGGUACAUGUGAGUUAAGAGCUGUGAAACAGGGUGAGGGUCCAUGUGGACUGCUUUAGAAAACCCUGCAUUAGCUUGAUGCAUUAGCAUGCUGUUCACUAUCUGGCCUGUAAUGCAGAAGCUUAAAGAUGUUUAAAGCUACUGGAGAUGUUGAGAUUCUGCCUGGAGGAGAACAUGAGGAGGAUCACUCAAGAGACCAGAGAAUCUCCAAGGAUUUUCACUGGGAAAUUAGAGACGUCAGUGAGGUCUUGAAGUGAGGACGCCUUCCUACAGAACCACAAGAUGUUUAGAGGACUGGUGGAAGAAAGUCUCUUCUGGAUGAUUCUCACCCUGGAACUUUGAAAGGAACCUUGUUGAAUGGUCAGAACAGACCUAAAAAGACAUCAAAGAGUGGAGGUCCUGGGUCCCCAAGUCCAAAUCAGACCACAGUUUUGUACAGGCUAUUACCCACAAUCCACUGUGAUCCUGUGAUGUUUCUACCAGUAACCAGUGGGUUUUUGGAAUGGUAUAUAGUCAUUUUUAUUUCCAUUUACAUAUUUGGUAUUUAGCAGAACUUUUAUCCAAAGUGACUUACAGUACUGUGACAGUAUACUGUGUAGGCAAUUGAGGGUUAAGGGCCUCGCUCAAGGGCCCAACAGUGGCAACCUGGCAGUGGUGGGGCUUGAACCAGCGAUCCUUCGAUUACUAGUCCAGUACAUAAACCACUAGGUUAUUUAACCACAUUUUAUCCAGCUAACUGAUUAAAGCAAUAAACUCCAACAGAUUAAAAUGAUGAGAAACAAAGUGAUGAUUCUUAUUAAUGAUGUUAAAUAUAGAAGAUGAUGAUAAUGUCAGUAUUUGAUAAAAGAUGCAGCAAGUGUAGCAGUUCUGUUAAUGACUAAUAAUAAUAUGAACCCUCUGAUAUAGUGGUCAUAGCAUAGUGGUCACUACAGUCACUAUUUAAAUGCAUAUGGACCCCUACAGUGGACGCUACAGUUUCAAUCAUUUCACUUCUACACUGAUUUUAUCUUCAUUCUCCAUACAGGUGAUUUAAGUUUAUGUUUCUGAUUGUUUUCUUACUCUUCUGUAGUGCUGAGAGUCUCCUCAUCAUCUUUUAUCAGAUGCACUUUAUUCUUCUGCUCAUGACAAUAAACACACACACACACACACACACAGAUACACAUGCACACACUACACACACACACACACACUCACACACACACACACACAAGAUUAUAAAUUCAUGCACAUCAAUGCAGCUUCAUUCUGCACUAGUUUUAAUAGAAAAAUUAA